AUGAUUUUGCCCCCUGCUCUGACCUCUUGUCCACAGAAGCGCUCGGUGGUCGAAAUUGACAGUUUGGCCUCUCUUCGCUGUGGGGGCGGGGCAAAGACCAACUGCUCGGAGACCAAAUGGACCUUCAACAGCCAAACAGAUGUGUUCUACUCAGGGAGCAGAGAUCUACCCGGGACUUACAAGCAACCUCUGGUCCUGGUGCAGUCUGGGACUGUGAGUCCAGGUCCUAAAGCCGGCAGACUGAACCUGACUGAGUCCUGUGAUCUGCUAAUCCAGAGAGUGAGAUCUGAUGAUGCUGGAGUCUACACCUGCUCUCGGAUCAACCAUUCCUCACUCUCCAACCGCUCUGUGGUCUUCCUGUCUGUGGUCUAUUGGAACUUUGCAGGGAGUGGGUCACGGUAUGGAAACGAGGAGUCCACACAAUCAUGUUCCGUGACGCCAUUCAGCAUCCGCUGUGGCUUCUCUGUGAAGUGGCUGGUCCAGGGCAGUGGUGACUUCAACUUGUGGACAGACUCGUGUGGGACUGGGAUCCAAUUCUUCGGUGCCUCUCCAGGCGUGUUGCAGUGUGAAGUAACAGACCUCAACAGCAAACAGGUCUAUUACUUCAGAUGGGGUUCAGGGUGA